AGGAAGUGCUCUCCACCACCCUCUGACCACUUCCUCAGUAGCCACCUCGCUCCGCGGAGCUGCAGCUGGAAAAGAACCAGCCCAAGGAGUGCUGGGAAGACCAAGUCAGAAAAACAGCGGCCCCGGCCCGGACACCUUGCAGCGGGCCAGCCCGCCGAACCGGCUGCCAGCUCGCCGAACCGGCUGCCAUGCAGCAGCCCUUGAAUUACCCGUACCCCCAAAUCUACUGGGUGGACAGCAGUGCCGGCUCUCCCUGGGCCCCUCCCGGUUCAGUCCUGCCGUGUCCGUCCUCUGUGCCAGGAAGGCCUGGGCCCAGGAGGCCACCGCCGCCACCGCCACCAACACUACCGCCGCCACCACCGCUGGCUCCGCUGCCGCUGCCGCCUGUGAAGACGCGGAGGGACCACAACACAGGCGUGUGCCUCCUUGUGAUGUUUUUCAUGGUUCUGGUGGCCCUGGUUGGACUGGGGCUGGGCAUGUUCCAGCUCUUCCACCUACAGAAGGAGCUGGCCGAACUCAGAGAGUCCACCAGCCAAAGUCAUAUAGCAUCAUCUUUGGAGAAGCAAAUAGGUCAACCCAACCCACCCUCUGAAAAAAGGGAGCUGAGAAAAGUGGCCCAUUUAACAGGCAAGUCCAACUCAAGAUCCAUCCCUCUGGAAUGGGAAGACACAUAUGGAAUUGCCCUUGUCUCUGGGGUGAAGUAUAAGAAGGGUGGCCUUGUGAUCAAUGAUACUGGGUUGUACUUUGUGUAUUCCAAAGUGUACUUCAGGGGUCAGUCCUGCAACAACCAGCCCCUGAACCACAAGGUCUAUAUGAGGAACUCUAAGUAUCCCCAGGACCUGGUGCUGAUGGAGGGGAAGAUAAUGAACUACUGCACUACUGGCCAGAUGUGGGCCCGCAGCAGCUACCUGGGAGCGGUAUUCAAUCUCACCAGUGCUGACCAUUUAUAUGUCAAUGUAUCUGAACUGUCUCUGGUCAGUUUUGAGGAAUCUAAGACAUUUUUUGGCUUAUAUAAGCUCUAAGAAAAGCACUUUGGGAUUCUCUCCAUGUGGUUCCUUGUUACAGGCACUGAAAAUAUGGUCUUGAAUGAGAGUCUUCUUAAGCCCACUUAAGGUCAAGUGAGAAGACAUGAGCCAAGAGUUAUCUUGAGACCACAGGGUCCAGCAGGUCUACAGUUCCUCAUCUCAUGAGCCAGACAGGAGGGGGAGUACGACCGAAGAGCAUGAGACUCUGCGCUGCCAUGCAAAGAUGCAGAGGCAGGAAGAAGCAGCUACCAGGCUGUCCUACACUCAUUUAAAGUGUUCAAGAGCAUUUUGGCACAUUGAAAAGGACACCUGUUAACUCACCUCUUGGGGUGGGUCUACUAUCUACCUCAGGGGAGGCUGUCUUUCAGAUAUAUGGAUGUGACAUGAGUGUAUAAAGGAUGGAAAAAGAGGACUAGGCUUGCAUGAUAAGCUAAAGAGACCAAAAGGCCAGUGUCCCAUUGGAAGCAUCUUUACUUCUAAAGGCACAGCCUGAGCCACCAGGUGAUGCUAACAAAGAAGCAAGGGGGAUCUUUUGGGAAGUUGCUCCUUUCCCCACACAGCAUGUAUAUUUCCAGUGCAAUUUUAGUUGUGUGUGUGUGUGUGUGUGUGUGUGUGUGUGUGCAUCUGCACUCACAUGCAUGUGACUGGAAGAGUUACAUAAGAAGAGACAAUGUGGAGAUUGUGAAGGAUAUGUUUGGAAAACAUGGGUUGCAUUUAGUGGUAGAUUUUGAAUACUUCUUGGCAACUGACUCAGUUGUCCUCAAAAUAGUCCUCAAGACUCUUUGAUUGUCAGCUGUUGAUGUUAUUUUCCUAUAAUAUAAUCAGUAUUUAUAUACACUUUGCAUAUUUUAAUAAAAAGAAUACUUGUAAUAAAAAUUAUAUUUUAGAAUACAGGUCAACAUUAUGAAUGUACUUUUUGGAAAUCACUAAAUUUUUUUCCUCCUUAUUUCUUUCCUCCAUGGCUUCUUCACUCCUUUUGCCUUAAGGCCACGUUAAGAAGAACUCACUAGAGUGGGAACUGUGAAGCAAAUCCAUCAUUGCUAGACACCACUCUCCCCCAGUCUCUUUCCAUUAUCCAGAGUUUUUAUUACCUAUAUCAUUGCCAAUGUUAAGCUCACCCAACUUUCAACAGAGUUGAUGAUAACUUCACCCACGCUCCUGCUGGAGCAGAGCCAUAGCAUAGUGGAAAGGGCACAGACUUUGGACUGAAAAACUUGAACUUGAAUCUUUGUGCCUUUACUUUCUAAAUGCAAUCACUGGGUGAGUCACUUGACUUCUCUUGGACAAAAGUGACUAAUAUGUAUAUAAAGUAUCUGGUAUAUGGCAUCUAUCUAAAAAAAUGGCACCUAUCAUUUUAGUAAGCAAUACGAGAGGCACUUCAUGCUCCAGAAGAAGCCACUGACCUGAGGCAUCCAUCUAAAUACCUGGUUUCUUAGAUUCUCCUGUUCUUCAGUCACAAUGACCUUUUCCUGUUUUUUUCAACUACUCACUACCACAGGCCUUCCCCCCACUUUGUCUUUGUUAAAAAUUAUGGCAUAUCCUUUACAAUUUGAUUUCAGACAUCCUAUUGUCACAUCAUCUCCUAUUAUUCCAGCUCAAUUGCUCCAACAUUUUUUCUCCUAAAUUGUGUCUAUUUUUAUCACAUUGAGACCUCUGAUAAACUCUAGCAUUUCCUUACGUAGCCAUCAGCUCCUUCUUUAUCUUCAUUACUCUCUCUGACAAACUUAGCGUUUACCCUCUGUCAUUACAAUCAGUAUUUUGGAAAAUUUCUCAAUUCCAGCAUAUUCUGUGUCCUUCACUGUUUUCCCCUUGCAAAAAUCCCAUUUCCUUUAAGCUGGCAUCCUACAAGCUGGAUGUUGCUAGAGAAAAAUUACCCAAACAGACAGGCUGGUUUCAGUUUGUUUUUAUCUAUCAUCUACUUAUAUCGAUUACUCUUUAUCACUGAUUUAUUUCUAUCUUUUGGUUGAUUUGAAUAUGUAAUACAUAUACAUAGUACAAAUUUUAAAAGGCAUGCAAAAAUAUAGGACAGUAAGUCCUCUUUUCACUCUGUCCCAUGGCCCCAUUUCUGCUCACAGAGACUAUCACUGUCUCCUUAUGUAGCUUUCCAGAGAUGGUCUAUAUGUAUGACAUCAAUUUACAUGUGGGUUUCCCAACGUUGGUUGUAUUGACAUUCUGAGCUGGAUAAUUCUUUGUUGUGGAGGCUGUCCUGUGCACUGUAGUAAGUUUAGCAGUAUCCCUGCCUUCUAUCCACUAGGUGCUCGUCACAUUGUUCCCUUCUCCUGUGUGAUAACCAAGAGUAUCUCUAGGCAUUGCCAGAUGUGCCCAGGCUGGGGAUGGGAAGACAAAAAUCAGACCUACUUGAGAAACCCAGCUUCACAUUAGUGAUCGCAGAUCUCAAAUGGACAUUCAACACUGCCUACUACUUUUUCUUCAGUUCCCUGCCAACCAUGUUUUUCCACUGUUUGAGACAGUGACGUCAUAUCUUUUCCUCUUGCAAACCCACCAUAUCCCCUCCUCCCACUAUGGAACCUCACUUACACCACCAGAACACAAAUCUACCCACAUCUGCAUGAUCUCUUUCUUUUAUCCUUCUAGUGGAGGAAGAUGACCAUGUCUUCAUUUGUGCACUAGAUCCAUUUCUAUUCCCUUACUUUGCCUCUUUAAAAUUGUUCUUCUCUCUUCUGGAUCCUCCAACCAUCUCUGUCUAUGAAAUGAUUUCCAUCAGCAUGGACAUAUGUUCAAAUACCCUUUUUCAAUAAAAGACAACUCAGCCCAAACCAAAAAAAUCCCAAACCUUUCUUUACCUUUCCUUUUCUCCAGUGAUGGCUGCAUUUCUCAUUUUCCUGGUAGAGACAAACAUCUGAGAAGGUUGUCUCCACACACAUGGGCUCCAUUUCCUUAGCCAGGAAUGGUCUUCUUCAGGCUCCCCAUAUGGCUGGCUUCUUCCUAUCUUUCAGACCUUAGUUUAAAUGUCACCUCCUCAGAUCAUUUUUGCAGCCUCCUCUCUUUCUUAUUAUUUUAUUUCUCUUCAGUUCCUUCUUAGUAACUAGCAUAACUUGUGGUUAUAUUAUUUAUUUGACCACCUAAAAGCAUCUGUUUUUCCACUAAAAUAAAAGUUCCUCAAACAAGACCUUUUCUGCUUUGUUUACCACUGUAUUUUCAUCACCAAAUCCCGUGCUUGGCAUGUAUUAGGAGCUCAAUAAAUAUCUGUUGACUGGAUAACCUUAAUUAUAAAACAAAUGUUUCUCAGUUUGUGGUAUGUGUGUAUGUUUCUCAGAGUAGUGAAUAUAUUCACCACUAGUCAUAGUAUUGCCUCAUGAAUGUAUGUGAGUGUUUAUCCAGCUUUGAGUAGAUUAUCUAAUGGGAAUUUGAGGCUACAGAUGGAAAAAAAAAAACCUGUGCAUCCUAAUUCUUAGCACUGGAAAACAAGAAAAAUCUAUUUGGUGUCUGGCAUUACCAGGAGUUAUUCAGGAUAUUGUUGAGGGAACCUGCUGGGUAACUAGAGCUGAACUUGUCACUUAGAAGAUAUUCAAUAAAUAUUUGUUGAAUAAAUUAAUUAACAAAACCAAAGGUCCAGGCCGGAGUGUGUCACCUGCUCUCUUUAAAACUCUUCUGUUGAUUCAUCUGCUUCCUGACCAGGUGCCUCAUAAAGUCAAGGAGGUAUUCACCCUUCUUUUGGCUGCUUGUCUGUAUUCCUCGCCCUCACAAUGAAAUCCACCUCAUCCUUUUUCUCCUCUUUUGGCUCCAACCAUUAAGUAUACCAGUUCUAAGGGU